UUAUUACUGCAGCUUCUAUACUGAGUUUGUGGCAGCUGAGUUGGAAGGAAGAUUAAUGCCGGUGCAAUUGGAGACGGGGGUAUAUUUUUAACGUAAGGAAACAAAUUGCCGUUAGGUAGUAGACAGAAGGAAAAAGGUGAAAUACUGGAGAAGCAAAGCAACAUCAAAUUAUUUUGUCAGAACAGCGUGCAUGCAAGUCUGCAUAGUGGGGCCCAAAGCGUGCAGCAAGUUCUCUGAGUUUGUUAAUGAGACUUCCCCUAAAGGUUCGUCACGCCUCAGCUGCACUUCUGGGAACUCAUGGACAAGAGACAAGAGAUUAGAAUAUGGAAAUCUCCAAUCAGUGACGCCUCAUUAAAUGGUCACAAUUUUCUUUCACGUCUCUUCUGAAGGGCAUGGUUACACGGGCCAACAGCACCCAGAUUUUUGGAGGUGUUAAUCUUCUUAGGUUUACAAGUGCUGAGAGUCUAUUGUGGUGUUUGACUGUAUUUGACUAGCCAAGCUCACGCUGUGAAGCAAGCAGCAAAAACUGGCGUUGGAGAUAUUGGAAGAUAACUAGCAUAUUUAUAAUCAAAGCAUUGAAAGAUAUGCGCAUGUUGUGAAACAGGGCAGGUGAGAUGUCAAAGACUGCAGGAACACCAAGGGACACAAAGAAGGGAAAAGUGAAGAAAAAACCUAACUUAAAGAUCUCUGAGGAUGUCUUCAAUCAGCCAAUUACCAGCCCAACGCCACCCCGAGACCUGGAUUCAAAAGCUUGCAUUACAAUUGGAGAUCAGAAUUUCGAGGUGGAAGCUGAUGAUUUGGUGCCUAUCAAUGAACUGGGCCGAGGAGCAUAUGGAGUGGUGGAGAAAGUGAGGCACGCACCCAGUGGAACCAUAAUGGCUGUGAAGAGAAUCCGGGCAACUGUGAAUAGCCAGGAGCAGAAGAGAUUACUAAUGGAUCUUGAUAUCUCAAUGAGGACUGUUGAUUGUUUCUACACCGUUACAUUCUAUGGAGCCCUGUUUCGAGAGGGUGAUGUGUGGAUUUGUAUGGAACUACUGGACACCUCACUGGAUAAGUUUUACAAAAAAGUCAUCGAGAAAGGGAGAACAUUCCCAGAAGACAUUUUGGGAAAAAUAGCUGUGUCUAUUGUGAAGGCAUUAGAGCACCUGCAUAGCAAGCUGUCUGUGAUUCACAGAGAUGUAAAACCUUCCAAUGUUCUCAUCAACAAGGAAGGUCAUGUGAAAAUGUGCGACUUUGGCAUUAGUGGAUACUUGGUAGACUCGGUUGCCAAAACAAUGGAUGCUGGUUGCAAACCAUACAUGGCUCCUGAGAGGAUUAACCCAGAUCUGAACCAGAAGGGAUACAAUGUGAAAUCUGAUGUCUGGAGUUUAGGAAUCACAAUGAUUGAAUUAGCAAUCCUACGGUUUCCAUAUGAAUCCUGGGGAACACCAUUUCAACAAUUAAAGCAAGUUGUGGAAGAACCUUCCCCACAAUUACCUGCAGACCGCUUCUCCAAGGAUUUUGUGGAUUUCACAGCACAGUGUUUAAAGAAAAACCCCAAAGAUCGAAUGAGCUACAUUGACCUUAUGGCGCACUCCUUCUUCAAAAUACAUGAUACCAACAAAACAGAUGUUGCCUCCUUUGUAAAAGAGGUUUUAGGAGAUGAUCCUAUCUGAUGUCUGAGGAACUUAAAAAUAAAAUUGAUAGCUUCUUUGUU